UUAUUAUUAUUUUACCAUGAUCAUUCCGUUUUCUUUUGAUUACUUUGUUUUUCUAAUGGAUUUCAUUGGGUCUCUCUCAGUUUUUUUGCAUAGUGGUAAGGCUAGCACGACUUGGUAUUAGCUCAGUUGCAGAGCGUGCCUCUGACAAUUGUUUUUUUGCCUGGGCUGAGAGCCCUUUUUGGUGCAACUGAAGUGCUUAAAUAUGCACCAUAUUUUGGUUGCAUUGUGUGUGUUUCAUUAUUUGCUAGUUGUAACAUAUACUUUCUCUCCUGUUAUACAUUUUGAACACAGUUUUCAUAAUCAUUUUUCCUAUCUAGUAUGUUUUAAACUGUUUCGAAUAAUUAGAAAUUUCAUAAUGUAACGACCGGGCCCUGUGCCCAAGUUGUUAUAUUAUAUGCACUCUCUGUUUUGGGAUCCUCACGAUUUUCUAUCGCGUCAUCCAAAAUUCGAACCCAAGAUCUGUGUCUUAUGAGAGACUUAAGUUGAAUUCUAUUACCAAUUUGCAAAGAUUCGAUCUUUAUGCUCAAACCGUUAUCUUAUAUACAGUCGGCUUUAAAAGAGCCGGAGCCACUUACCUUUCAUGGCUUUUUGUCGCCUUCCUGGGAUUUGAAUCCCAAGACAUUUGCCCUACGAGGGACUUAAGUUGAAUCUCGAUAUUAGUGGGUCCAAUUGGGUUCAAACCUUUGAGGACUCGACAAAAAGUUGUAAGGGAUAAGAUGGACUCAGGCUCUUCCAAAAAGGGACAAUACAUAAGUUAACGGCUUGUAUACAAAGGUAUCAAUGCACCAACUUCUCAGUCCUUUCUGAAUUAUAUAUUAUUGGCGUUGGUGUAUGGAGGCAUUAUGCUCUAUAGAAGGAAAGCUCUCAAGCAGGCAAAAUGGUAUUACUAUGUCCUGCUUGGAUUGGUCGAUGUUGAAGCUAAUUUUCUUGUGGUGAAAGCAUACCAGUACACAUCCAUUACAAGCGUCAUGCUACUGGAUUGUUGGUCUAUCCCAUGUGUCCUAUUAUUCACCUGGUUCUUUUUGAAGACAAAGUACAGAUUCAAGAAGUUGGUUGGCGUAGUAAUUUGCAUUGCUGGUCUUGUGAUUGUUAUCUUUUCAGAUGUACAUUCUGCAGAUAGAGCAAGUGGUAGCAACCCUAUUAAAGGUGAUUUACUUGUAAUUGCUGGGGCCACGCUUUAUGCUGUUAGUAAUGUUGGUGAGGAAUUUUUUGUUAAAAGUGCUGAUAGAGUUGAACUCAUGUCAUUCUUGGGCAUUUUUGGUGCCAUUGUCAGCGCUGUCCAAAUAAGCAUACUCGAACGCAGUGAACUUAAAAGUAUUCACUGGUCAGCUGGGGCGGCGCUUCCUUUUGUCGGAUUUUCAGUGGCCAUGUUUUUGUUUUACUCAGGUGUCCCGAUCUUAUUAAAGAUUAGUGGGUCUACAAUGCUUAACUUGUCUUUGCUGACCUCUGAUAUGUGGGCUGUUUUAAUUCGUAUCUUUGCAUACCAUGAAAAGGUUGAUUGGAUGUAUUUUGUAGCCUUUGCUGUUGUUACUGCCGGGCUUAUUGUUUACUCAGUGGGCGAUAAAAUGGAGGAAAACCCUGCUGAGGUUGGAGACGAGGAGGUUGAGCAAAGCAAGCACUUUGACGAGGAGGCAGGUAUGAGUAACCCGGAUCACAAUUUUGCUUCUUCGAGUGCUGUUGAAAAAGAUGAAUUGGCAAGUAAUGACGACUUGAAAAAAGAGAGAGAAGGAAAAAAAUUUUGACAAAAAAAUAAUUUUUGUAGUUGGUAGGGGAAAUUCCUGCAUAAUAUCAGCUGCAAAGAAUGGUGAAGCACUGCCACUAUUGAAGUAGCAGCACAGCAUGGACAAGGCAAUCAUAAAUGAUUACUAUUAUUGUCCGAGUAUCGAAUAUUAUUUUAGCUUUUUAUUUUUGGGGAAAAAAAGGUUCUAUUUAGGAUUGUCUAAUUCGAUUGACCAAACACGACAUUCGAAUAUUGUGAUGUUGCGAUUUGAUAAAUGAGAUUAACUCUCUAAAUUAUUUUGUUAUUUAAAGUACCACGAUACACAAGUUCGCGGUUUAUGUAACACCUUAAUUUGCCACUUCAAGUAAGCACGACGAUUUGUAAGAGUUAUAUUUUAUUAUUAUUUUU